UUGGUUUUGGUGCUUGCAAGGUGGGCGGACGUGGAAUCGAACAACAAUAAAUUGGAACUUGUGUUUUUAGUUAUUAGGUGAAAACGAGGGCAAAUAGCAAUUUAGAAUGCUAUUUGUUAAAUAGCAAACAAGACUAAAAAGGAAUGAUGCAAUCGAUGGACCAUGUUCAUUUACACAAAGCCGAAUCUCAUACGCUUUUUGGUCGGCGCAAUAUGUCUUCUGCUGCUGCUUAACUUCCUCUGGACUUCCGAUUCGGAUGGCGCAAGCAAUACAUCUCUCAGCAAGUUAAGCAUACGGCGGGUGCACAAGUAUGCACACAUACACAUACCCAAAAACAAUAAAAAUGACAGCGGGAGCGAUAGAGAGGGCAAUACAAACAUCUUGCCCGCUGCUCCUUUGGCUCCCGUUGCAAAGGAGCGCGAGUUGCACUCCAAUCGCAACUCGACCUCACCAACAACCAGAACUGUGAUUGCGACUGCAAAUGCUACUUCCAUUUCACAAGACUUAAAUCAAGCGCAUAAUUACUUUCCAAAUGAUUAUGCAAACAGCACCCAGAAGCCCGAAAUGUCGUUGACACCAAACUGCACAGAUCCCGAUCCACGAGAUGGUGGACCCAUCACGCCGAACACAACCCUCGAAUCCCUUGAUAUUAUUGAAGCAGAGCUGGGGCCUUUGCUGCGCCCAGGUGGCGCUUAUCAGCCAACAGAUUGCGUGGCACAGCAUCAUGUUGCCAUCAUUGUGCCGUUCCGCGAUCGAUACGCACAUCUGUCGGUCUUUCUGCGCAACAUACAUCCAUUCCUAAUGAAACAACGGAUUGCCUAUCGCAUCUUUAUUAUAGAGCAAACCAAUGGCAAGCCCUUUAACCGUGCUGCCAUGAUGAAUAUCGGAUACUUGGAGGCCUUAAAGCUUUAUCAGUGGGACUGUUUUAUAUUCCACGAUGUCGACCUUAUACCCCUGGAUGACCGCAAUCUGUACAACUGUCCACGUCAGCCGCGGCACAUGUCCGUUGCAAUUGACUCGUUGAACUUCAAGUUGCCUUAUCGAUCAAUAUUUGGCGGAGUUUCUGCCAUGACUCGACAGCAUUUCCAAGCUGUUAAUGGCUUUUCCAAUUCGUUCUUUGGCUGGGGAGGUGAAGACGAUGAUAUGUCCAACAGAUUGAAGCACGCCAACUUAUUCAUAUCACGCUAUCCGAUUAAUAUAGCUCGCUAUACAAUGUUGAAGCAUCUGAAGGAGAAAGCAAAUCCCAAACGAUACGAGAAUCUCCAGAAUGGUAUCGGUAAGAUUGAAAUGGAUGGCAUCAACUCGAUUAAAUACGAAAUCUAUAGCAUCAAAGAGUUUCCAACUUUUACUUGGUAUUUAGCAGAGCUAAAGAACUCAGAGCGCAAGAGUUAGCCUCAAACAGAAAUCAGCAAAUAAUGCGAAGCCACAGUAGUUUCCAAUUUUUCGAAAACUGCUGUCAAGAAGACAAGAUUGCAAUAAGAAUCUCAAUUCAGUGCAACGUUUUGAAUAUUACUUAUAUAAUAUGUACAAAAAAUGACAACAUUACUUUUUCAAAGUAGCCUAAUUAUCAAAGAAUAAUAGACACACAUAUUGUGUAUGUAGCAUGUCCAGUCAAUAAUAUAGAAUUACACUAUGUACUUUUGGUAGUACUAUUAGCCCCAUUGAAUAUUCUAUGUAUUCUCGAUGAAUAUGUGGACUUUGUUGAUUUUCCGUUUUUGCCCUAAAUCAUUUUUUUAUUAACGAAUCUCUUUAAAUAACUAGACAAAAAAUUCUACACCAAUUCCUACAAGGUGAAAUGUAGAUAUUACUUUUGUGAUAUACAAAUUGUUAUUCGAGCAAAAAAAGAUAAUUACACGACGAAAAGACGCAGAGAAAAUACAUUGAAUAUUCGGUAAACCGAAUCUAUAGCAUAUACCCUUGCAGAAGAUGUGGUAACAUUCGAUUUCAAAUAAUACUUGGCUAUCAUAAUAUCCUUAAGCGUACAUUUUAAUCGAAUAUCAGAGAAGGCAACUAUUUGAACUGUUUAGUCUAUUGAAUCUCUUUUUUUAUUUAGUGUUCCGAUCCGAUCCGACCGACAACCGGUUUUUAUAAAACUCGUGUGCCAAGUAAAAAGAAAGAGUAUUUUGAUCACCCUCUGCAAGGGUGUUUAUUACCUACCAUACUUUAAUAUACAAUACCAAAUGUAAAACUUAUAAAAAUUACAUUUUACUAUACCAGAAUAAAUCUUUUACUAUAUGUACCAAACUA